AUGUUCACUGACAGAAGACAAGGAGUGAGCCAUGUAUUCUCCGCAAAGUCACCAAGUACGGUGGCCCAGCUUAUGAAUUCGCCAGGAACAUGGGACUACCGAGAGAAGGUCCCUACUAUCAUUGCCGUUGCGCGUGAUAAUGGCAACCGAGAAACACUGUGGGGCGCAAAAGUAAAGACUGGAAUUUCCUCCUCAGCGUGGUUUAAAAUUGGCAUGGCGCCAAAGCUAUGUGCGACCCCUGAAGAUGAUCCAUUAUUGCAACAAGCGGUCGGCAAGGGUUUGAUGCGCAUCCCGGAUGGACACACGCCCCAGUCCCUGUGUAAGGAAUUCCUCAAAUAUCUACACGCCCACAUCAUGAAUGCUGUCAACAAGGAAUAUUCAGGCGUAAUCGAAACCACCCCCAUCGACUUUGUGUUUUCGGCCCCGGCCGAAUGGGGGAAAGAAUAUACGGGAAAUUUGAAAAAGGCAGCUGAAAGCGCCGGUUUUAGGUCCCGGCUUAAGGACAAAAUCUCGUUUAUUGACGAGCCAGAGGCUGCAGCCCUAGCAAGAAAAAUGUAA